GCAGCUAGGUCAGCUGUAUACCUGGUAGGAUGCAACAUAAAUUACCAGAGCAUAUUCACAUGAUAUCAAUGUUUUCAGUCUUUCAGAUACCAAUAUCUAUCAAUGGCCAUUCAAAGACCAUUAUAUCACCAGCGCUUUUUAUCUACCAAUGAUUCUUGGAUGAGGUUUGUACCACUUCUUGUAAAUGGGGCAAUCAUGUGAAUAAUUAUGACUUUAGGGGUCUUUCAAUCAAAUCAGACAUAUCAUCGCCAACUCCCUUUCUGAAUACUUUUUGGCCACUCUCUUCAUCACCUGUUUGUAUGAUCGAUUAGGUUUAGGGUUUCCCAAUCGGCCUACAUCUGAAUUUCACGAUGGCGAAUCGAAUCUUCGGUGAAGAGCAGUAUCAUCAUCAUCAUCAGCAGCAGCAACCAAAGUGGACGCCUUUCCUAACGAAGCUACUCGCAGAUCUAUUAGUCGAUCAAGUCCUUAAAGGAAACAGAGUGAACAAUUCUCUCCCAAAUAAAGCUUGGAACUUUAUAUCCUCUGAGUUUUACAAAACAAGUGGUCUUCAAUGGGAUAAAGAACAUCUCAAGAACAGAUUCGCUCUUCUCAAACGCCAAUUUGCACUUGUUAAGUUACUACUAUCUCGAGAUGACUUCGUUUUUGAUGAAUCCACUGGUUCUGUUAUCGCCACUGAUGAAGCUUGGGACCAAUAUGUAAAGGAGUAUCCAGAUGCAGAGGACAUAAGAACAAUUGGUUGUCCUAUCUACAAGCAGCUCUGCCAGAUAUUCGCAGAAGAUUCCAUGACCAAUGGGAAACAUGUAGUGUGUUCAUCUGAGUAUGAUGAUACUGCUGCAGUGUGUUCUCCUACUCCUAAGAGAAGGCGCAGAGGCGUGGAGGCGUCUAUUGCCAAUGCUACAUUUGAAAUGGCAGCUGCAUCGAAGCUGCGGACUACUGCUUUGAUGCAGCUGAGUAGCAGGUUCUCUCUUUCCGAGUGUAUCAGAGAGCUAGAUCGGAUUCACGGCGUACCUGAGGAUGUCUAUUUUGCAGCACUCGAGUCCUUCAAUAACCAAAGUGUAAGGGAGACAUUCUUGUCUUUGAAAUGUGACAUGCGCUUGGCCUGGCUUCAAUGGAAGUGUGCCAAGAGCUGAGAGUUAGUUACAGCUCUGUACAUGGAUCAGAAGUAGUUGACGAUAUGAA